AUGAGUUCUGGUCUCCUGCGCUGGUGUGCGGACAGCCGGCUCACACCAACCUCUGUUCCCACCACCUGCGUCAUCUUCAAGCCGCUCUUCUGUGUGAAACUCUUUGGGUAUGGCAGCUCAAAGAAGCUGCCACUCAUUGGUCAGUGCAUACUGGAAGAAGAUGAGGCAGAGGAUGGGGACAUCCAGGAAGCCAGACCCUUCCCUUGUCCCCAGCGGGAGCUGCUCAAUGUGUUCACAUGGCUCAGCAGUGAUGAAUGGGAUAAUAAGACAAAGGCACUCCUCAACAUCAGAUGUCUGGCUGCCUGCCACUCAGAAAUCCUUCUUUCUAGACUUGAUGAUGUUUCCUUGGCAGUUACCAGAGAGGUGAACAACCUGCGUUCAAAGGUGUCUCGCUCUGCAAUCAGCACUCUUGGAGUGCUCUUCAAGACCAUGAAGCAGCACAUGGACCGCGAAGUGGAUGAGAUUACUCGAGUCUUGCUCCACAAGAUGGGAGAGUCCAACAAGUUCAUUCAGAAAGCAGCCAGUCGCUCCCUGGAGAUCAUGGUGGCAAAUGUGACUCCUGCACGAGCAGUGGCUGCUCUCAUGACCUCUGGAACCCAGCACCGCAAUGUCCUGGUGCGGAGGUUUGCAGCUGAACAUCUGCUGCCUGCCAUGGAGCGAAUUGGAGCUGGGAAGCUCCUGUCUGGAAGCUGUGAAAGUAUUAACCUGCUGGUGCACACUCUGGUGAAGCUUGCUCAGGACAAUCAUCAGGACACAAGGUAUUAUGGACGGAAGAUGCUGAGUAUCUUGAUGACUCAUCCAAACUUUACUAGAUGCUUGAAAUAUUCUGUCCCUCCAUGUGACUUGAAAGAUAUUAUGGAAAGAAUUAAGCAGCAAGGGGUAGAAGAAAAGAAAUGUGAACUUCCACCUAUCAAAGAAGACAAAAAGCCUACUAACAGCAACUUGAGGAUACUCAAGGACAACUCACCUUCUGAUAGAGGUUUGUGGUUUGGCUCUCAAGUCCGUGUUGCACCCUGUAAGAGAAUCCCUUCCACAUUACCUCAGGCUGUGGAAGAAACUCAUAAGCUUGAAGAGCUUUACAAGCUCCUGGCAGAGAAAGAGUUUCAGGCACGCAUCCAUGCAGUGAUGCUCCUCCUAGAUCACUGCAGAAACAUUCCUGAGCCCAUCUGCAAUAACAUUGUCCAAGUUUUUGAUGCCUUUGUCCCAAGACUUCAGGACUGGAACAAGAAAGUGAAACAGAAGGCACUGGAGGUGUUGGCUUUGAUGAUACCACUGCUCAGAGAUGCCUUACAGCCAGUGCUGUUCCUUGUGGUAUCAGCAGUCACUGACAACCUGAACUCAAAGCACGCAGGGAUUUAUGCUGCAGCUAUGAAAGGGCUGGAAGAAUCCAUUGCUCACUUAGAUAACACCUUGCUGCUGCACUGCCUUGCCCUCCGAGUGCAUUACCUCAGUGGCCAAGCUCUGCUUGAUGUCACAGAACACCUCUCAGGGCUUGUGACAUCUCUGUAUCCUCGAAAACCCCAAGCAGUCAAGUGCUAUGCCCUGCCUGUGCUCUGGUUCUUCCUGGGAAAGAGUGCCCUGCCUGUUCGAGGUGACAAGAUCAAGGCUGUGGUCACCAAGCUCGCACAGAGCCUCUACCAAGAGAUGGGCUCUAGCCUCAGGGAGUCUGCUGCUAAGCAGCCUCCACAUGUGAUCAAAAACCUCUGGAAGAUUUUGGACCUGGUGAAGAAACACUGA